AUGCUCCGCUGGUCAUUGGUUCGCCGGGUGCCGGGCCACCUGCUGCCAGGCCACGGCUCGGGCCCCCGGGCGCCGGCCAUUCCGCUGUUGGAUGUCCUGCUAGAGCGCCCGGCCCCGCGCCGACACUACUCGGUCAAUCGCCGGGCCCAGAUGCUGGACCAGCUGCGCCUGGCCCAGGGCGCCGGCACCCCGGCCAGUGCCCCGGCGCCUGCGGCCACCCCGCCAGCCCCGGCACCCCCCUCGCCAGGCCUGCCGGCGUCCCCCCCGCCAGGCAUGCCGGCGUCCCCCCCGCCAAGCAUGCCGGUCCUGCCCCGGCCGCAGGCUCUCGCCGGGGCCGGGCAGGAGUUCGCGUCUUUCGUGGCGCCGGAGCCGCUGCCCGAUCGGCCGCUGUCGCACAAUGAACGUCUGCUCCGGUCGCUGCAGGCCGGCGCGCCAGGCGCCCUGGGCGGCCCUGGCACGCCAGGUCGGCUGUCGGAGUACCCGCUGCCCGAGCGCACCCAGCCCACCCCGGCCAAGGGCUACAUCCCGCGCCUGAGCCGCUCCGUGGCCAACUCCUCGACGCUGCUCUAUGACCCGGAGUUCCAGCUCCGCGACUCGGCCAUCUCGAUUGACCCCCUGCCACUGGAGGUGACCAGCCCGCGGCUGGGGCCCGUGUCGCCGACGGAGCACCUCCUCUCGACGGGUGCCAAGGCCGCGGCGGUCGCCGGCACCGCCCCGGCCGACGCGGCCGCCGCCGCCGCCGCCGAGGAGGACUUCGUGGCUGGCACCGACUCGGAGAACGAGGACUGGGCCCAGCUGACGCGCCUGACCCAGACCGACCCGAUCAAGCACCCGCUGAAGGACUUCGACGCGGAGCAGGUGAACCUCCAGUACCAGGCCACCACCGAGGCCCGGGAGAAGGCCGCCUCCCAGGUGAAGGAGCCGCGGGUCAUCCGCGUGGCCAUCAUCGGCACGCCGAACUCCGGCAAGUCCACCCUGCUGAAUGCCCUGAUCGGUGGCGAGGUGUCCAUUUCCUCGCGCAAGGCCAACACCACGCGCACCAACACCCUCGGCAUCCUGACGCGCGAGAAUGUGCAGAUCGUUUUCGUCGACACCCCGGGCAUUCUGUCGACCAAGGUUGCGCGCAAGAGCAACCUUCCUACUAUCGAGAAGGCCUGGAAGGUCUUGGAUGACGUGGAUCUGGUUGUACUGAUGAUCGACUGUUCCAAGAGCCACCAGACCAAUGACGUGGACAUCGCCAAGCGUCUGGCCGCGCAUCCCUCCAAUGUGGAAAAGCUCAUCGUCUUCAACAAGACCGAUAUCGCCUCCUCCAACAAGGACAUGAGCAGUCUGGCCGAGUUCUAUGGCUCGAUCUUCGCCAAUAUCCGGCCCAAGAGCUUUGACCUGAAGACGCCGCACGCGCCUCCGCCGCCGGCGCCGCCGCUGGGGUCCGGCGAGUCGGACCCCCUCGACCCCACGCGGCCGCUGUCCGAGCUGUCGGCCGAGGAGCUCAACCGCGUCUUCGGGCCCUUCCCCUCGGUGGCCGAUGCGCGCCGGCGCACGGAGCUCCUGCACCAAAACUGGCGGGACUUCCCCCAGGAUGACCUGGUCCCGAGCGACCUGCCGGCCUUCGUGGCCCGGCUCCUGCCGACGGAAUACCUGACUCAGCAGCCGGCCAACCCGCCGCUCUUCGGGUCGCUGGCCCUGCUGAAUGCCCUGAUGUGUCCGGACAACCAGUUCCAGCCGCGGCCGGAACUCCUGUGCGCCAGCACGGCGGCCGGGCUGCGGCGCUUCCUGCGCGAGGCCUCGCCCGCACAGCUGGAGUACCUGCGCCUGGAUCCCUCGGUGCCGGAGGAAUUGGCCCUGCUGGACCAGAUCCUGCUGGAGAUCCAGCGCCUGGAGCUGCAGGAUGACAUCGAUGUGGUGGACUUCCUGCAGCCGAACAACCCCCGGUGCUCGACCUUCCGCCAGUACUUGCGGGCCAUUCUGGUGAACUACUUCCGCGUGGCCCUCAACCGGCACUGGGCCCUGGUGCGGCUCGAUUCGACCGCCACACCCGAGGCGACCAUGCACCUGGCCAAUGUGCCGGAGCCCUACCUGUCGCCGUACUUUGUGCCGGAGCCGGAUCUGCUUGUCGGGCUGCCGGCCUUCGAGGCGCUGAUGCGGGCGGAUGAGCGUGCGGAGCUCGAGGCCGCGCAGCUGUUCGACGACCUGGAGGCCGGCGGGCGGUCCAGCGACUCCGACUCCGACAAGGAGCCGGAGGAGGAGGACGACGAGGAGAGCGACCUGUCGGAUGGCCUGGACUCCGACGAGGAGUACUUCGAUCCGGAUGCCACGCCGGCCGUACGCCGGGCCAAUCGGGCCUUCCUGCGGCAGCGCCUGCCGGAGGUCAUGUACCCGGAUCCACGGCUGCUGGUCAGCAUGGCCGAGCAGGUGGAGUUGCUGGAUGCCCCGGGGGGCCAGUCGCUGCAGGAUUUGCUGAAUUCCCUGGACUUCGACCAGGAAGAGGCCCUGAAGUCGCUGGCGGCCGCGGCAGCCGCCCCUGGCGAUGCGGCCUCCGACGCCGAGGACUCCGAUGAGGCGGAGCUCAACGAGUUGGAGCGCAUGGCCGAGCGUCUGUCCAAUGAGACGCUGGAGAAGCAGGGCAUUGAGCCGCUGAAGUCCGACGAGUGGGACGCCCACGAGCGGUCGGACCUGCGCCUGGUCAUGCUGGAGAGGUCGCCUUUGCACCGGAUCGACCGGCCGGAGGCGCCGCUCCAUUCGGACCCGCGCGUGGCCGACAUGCUGCGUGGCCAGCUGAACGUCAACCUGAGUGAGGACCUGAAUUUGCACGGGUUCUUCAUGAUCUCGGCGGCCAAGCAGCGUGGCCUGGACCCGUUGGUGAGGUUCCUCAUGAAGCGUGCCCGGCCCGGCCCGUGGGAAUAUAGCGCGGACGCCUCGACCGAUCUGAGCAUCGAGACCCGCAUCAAUGAGAUCAUCCGCCAGCAGCUCCUGGAGUACACCCAUGAGGAGAUCCCCUGGGAAGCGCAGCAGGCCACCGUCGGCUGGACCCCGCUCAAGGGAUUCCUGCGCAUUGACCAUGUGCUGACGGUCCCGCGCGAAGCCCACCGGGCCAAAAUCGUCGGCCGGAAUGGCACCAUCCACCGCGCCAUGGUGCAAAAUGCCUCGGCUCGUAUCGAGAAGCUCCUCGGUACGCAGGUGAUGCUGGUGCUGCACGUUCGCGUGGCCAAGCGCUCUUGAGACAUGAGUGCCUCUCCGUCCCCCUCCCUCUGGGUUCUUUUCUCUCGCCAGUGCGCGAAAGUGCCACGAGGGAGGGCGAGAGAGAGCGAGAGGCAGGACAGCAGAGAUGAGCAAGAGUGCGGAGGCCAGGCAAGACGGCCGGCGCAGCCGCCCAAGAGGGCACGGGGCACAUACUAGACAGACCGCCAGGGAGGGAUCCCUGGCGAUCGCCUCCCUUCUCCCUCCCUCUCGCCGCCCC